CACCACCACCUCUCUCCUCUCCCCUCGCACCAUGGCACAGAAGUCUGCCGCACGUCAAUUCCUGCUCGACCUGCUGCUCGCCGGCGUCACCACCGCCGCCGGCCUCGUCGCCUUCAAGUACAUUCACGCACACUUCGACCCCGCCACACAGAAGCGCGAUGCCGCACGCCGCCUCGGCGACGAGAAGCUGCGCCGCCUGGGCCGCCGCGUCGAGCUCGACGAGUGGGAGGAGCAAAUCGCUACCGAGCUGAUCCUGCCCUCGCAAAUCGCCGAGUCUUUCGAGUCAAUCGGCGGCCUGGAGAAUGUCGUCUCGAGCCUGCACGAGGGCGUGAUUGCGCCGCUGUGCUAUCCCGAGCUCUUCUCGCAGAUGACAUCGGCAGAGGGUGGCAGCGGCGCAGGGCUGCUCGGCGCGCCGAAGGGAGUGCUGCUCUAUGGGCCGCCAGGCACGGGCAAGACGAUGCUCGCCAAGGCCCUGGCAAAAGAGAGCGGUGCGACCUUCAUCAACAUGCACGUCUCGACGCUGACAAACAAGUGGUUUGGCGAGUCGAACAAGCUCGUGGCCGCGCUCUUCUCUCUCGCUCGCAAGCUGCAGCCGAGCAUCAUCUUCAUCGACGAGAUCGACGCCUUCCUGCGCGACCGCGGCAGCGGUGACCACGAGGCGACGGGCAUGAUGAAGGCCGAGUUCAUGACCCUCUGGGACGGCCUAACGUCGUCAUCCGAUCGCAUCCUCGUGCUGGGCGCCACGAACCGGCCAAACGACAUUGAUGCGGCCUUCCUGCGCCGCAUGCCAAAGCGCUACUCUGUGCCGCUGCCGGACGCCGUGCAGCGCCUGAAGAUUCUGCGCCUCAUGCUCGCCUCGUCGCGCCUGGACGCCUCGUUCAAGUACGAGCCGCUCGUGGCGCGGACUGAGGGCUGCAGCGGCUCGGACCUCAAGGAGCUCUGCCGCGCUGCCGCCAUGCAGCCGGUGCGCGAGUAUCUGCGCUCGGGCAAGGGCAAGGCAAAGGUGCUGAGCCUCAAGGAGGCGCAAAAGACGCGGCGGAUAGAAAGUGGAGAGGCCGAGGAGCGAGAGAAGGCGACGGUCGAGACGCGGCCGAUUCGGAAUUCAGACUUCUUCGUCGUCGAGGGCAACUCGGCAGUCGGCACGAACGCUGGAGCCAAGAAGGGCUGAUCGUGCGCAGCGAUCUGGUGUUUUCGACACGCUCCCUCGCACCUCUCGCGGAGCCUCUUGCGCCUCU